CUCCAAACCCAUCUCUAAAAUAUACUUCAUCUUUAUUUUGCUCUUGCUCAUGUUCACACCGAUAGUGGAUUCAUCGUGGUGGUACAUCGGAGCUCUGGGUGCGCGGGUGAUAUGCGACAACAUUCCUGGUCUUGUGAACAAACAGCGGCAGCUCUGCCAGCGGCACCCGGACCUGAUGCAGUCCAUCAGCGAGGGAGCCAAAGAGUGGAUCAAAGAGUGCCAACAUCAGUUCAGACACCACCGCUGGAACUGCAGCACGCUGGACCGGGACCACACUGUUUUUGGCAGGGUGACGCUCCGAAGCAGCAGAGAAGCAGCAUUUGUGUACGCCAUCUCUUCAGCAGGAGUGGUCUACGCCAUUACCAGGGCCUGCAGUCAGGGAGAAAUGAAGAUCUGCACCUGUGACAGUCAAAAACGAGGGCAAGACAGUGACGACAAAGGCAAUUUUGACUGGGGCGGAUGCAGCGACAACAUCAACUACGGCAUAAAAUUUGCCAAAGCUUUCGUAGACGCCCGUGAGAGGAUGGUGAAAGAUGCUCGAGCCCUGAUGAAUCUGCACAACAACCGAUGCGGUCGGAUGGCAGUGAAGCGCUUUAUGAAGCUGGAGUGCAAGUGUCACGGGGUCAGUGGUUCCUGUUCUCUCAGAACCUGUUGGCUGGCUAUGUCUGACUUCAGGCGAACUGGAGACUAUCUUCGCAAGAAGUACAACACAGCCGUCGAGGUAACCAUGAACCAAGAUGGGACAGGAUUUAUUGUGGCUGACAAGGACUUUAAGGGAAGCACCAAGAAUGAGUUAGUCUUUGUUGAGAACUCUCCAGAUUACUGUCUCAUGGACCGUGCAGCAGGCUCCUUGGGCACAGCAGGCAGAGUGUGCAACAAGUCCUCAAGAGGCAUAGAUGGCUGUGAAGUCAUGUGCUGUGGGCGUGGCUACGACACCAUGCGAGUCAAACGUGUCACUAAGUGUGAGUGCAAGUUCAAGUGGUGCUGCGCUGUGGAGUGCAAAGACUGUGAAAACGUAGUGGACGUUCACACCUGCAAGCCCCACAAGCGACCCGACUGGCUGGACGUAACCUAGGAAGGAGAGCGGACAAAUCAAACGUGCACCUGACUCAUUAGCCUGUGCACUAAUGACUCCAUUCUAGUUGGGAUCUUUUAACUAUAAUA